AUUUAUUUACAUAAAAUAAUUUCAUUCUUCAAACAAAUAACAAAUCGUAAAAAUUUCGAGAACAUUUGAGUUUUCUCAAAAUGUGCAUAGUUCCUUCAGUGCUCCGCAAUGCGUUAGCAACAAGCCGAAAGAAUAUCCCACUAAAAGCAAUACGUCAGUACGCGGACUACAACAAGACGAGGGUGAACCUCAAGCUGACCGCCGAAUCGACACUCAUAUGUCAAGGCUUCACCGGCAAACAGGCGACAUUUCAUUGUCAGGAGACGCUGAAAUAUGGCACGAAAUUGGUAGGCGGUGUUUCGCCCAAGAAAGGUGGCACUAAACACCUCGACAAGCCCGUCUUUGCCACCGUCGAGGAGGCCAAGAAAGCCUUAAAUCCGCACGCGACAGUGCUCUAUGUACCCGCACCGGGUGCGUUCAAGGCAGUUGAGGACGCACUCAAAGCGGAAAUACCGCUGAUCGUCAUCAUUACCGAGGGUAUACCACAGCAUGAUAUGGUGCGUGUGAAGGAUGCGCUAAUGCAGCAGGAGAAAAGUCGCAUAGUUGGACCCAACUGUCCGGGCAUUAUAGCACCGGAGUGGUGUAAGAUCGGCAUUAUGCCGGGUAAUAUACAUAAGCGCGGUUGUGUGGGGGUCGUUUCGCGUUCGGGCACACUGACUUACGAAGCGGUCAAUCAGACUACUCAGCAUGGACUCGGUCAAACACUGUGCGUGGGUAUAGGCGGUGAUCCCUUCAACGGCACCAAUUUUAUUGAUUGCAUCGACAUUUUUCUCAAAGACCCCGAUACAAAGGCUAUUGUGAUGAUUGGCGAAAUUGGCGGCAACGCCGAGGAGGAUGCGGCUGAGUAUUUGAAGCAACACAAUUCCGGUGAUAAGGCUAAGCCGGUUGCUGCCUUCAUCGCUGGAAGAACCGCGCCACCGGGCCGGCGUAUGGGCCAUGCGGGCGCUAUAAUAUCCGGUGGCAAAGGCAAGGCCAUCGACAAAGUGAAGGCUUUAGAAAAGGCAGAUGUUUUGGUUACAGCUAAUCCAACUUUGAUGGGCAAGGUGCUGGCGGAUGAGAUGAAGUGUCGCAAAUUGAUUUGAGAUGUUCGGUGAUGGAAGUAUUAUUUUGAGAUAAUUGC